AUGGACCAACAGAAUCUGCCUACAGUGACCCUGGAUACAGCGAUCCUUCAUACGGUUACCAACCCGCCGCCCCUGGCGCUCUACCACCCCAGUCGCAAUCGCGUUCAAUGCGCCCACCAGGACCAUCUGGACCAGGACGACCAACUCCCGGAUAUGACAGUCGGCGCGGCUACUCUGGUGAAAGACAACCUCUACAGAAAAGCUCCAGGCCUCCGGUAUCUCGUCCUCCGCGACAAGGCGAAGGCUUCGAUAGCCCUUUCCCUGCAGUUCCACCCGGUAGAGACCCCAGAGAUCCGAGAGCUAGAGACCCCAGAGAUCCAAGAGCUAGAGACCCUAGAGACCCGAGAUCGAGAGACCCUAGAGACCCAAGAGAUCCUAGAAACCGACGACCUCCCCCUGACGGGAUAG